AGGGCUACAAAUUCAUGUUGAAAUGAACUGAUAAUUAUAUUAUUUAUUAAUUAUUAAUUUAACAGAAAGCCCGCUGUCCCAUUAAGAUCCCCUAUCUCAUAAUAGGGGACUUUCCUCUAUAUCUAGCUUUACGAACUCACUUAUCUCAACAUUUUCGAAAGUCACAGCAGAUUGCCGAUUAGGAAGCAUGCGAGUUUUAGUCGGAUGAGCCGGAGAUGCCGAGACAAUGCCGCAAUCCAAAGUGCAUUGGAAGUAAAAAGAGUUUGACGUAAGAAACUGUACAAGUUACAAAUAGAAAACAAUGUUGAGAAACCAUACGUGAUUAUGUAACGUUGCACUCCGACAUUUUCAACUUAAUUUUUGUCACGCAUUUACCUGCUUUUUUCCAAAUUACAAUAUUAAUAAAAAAUGAGCCUCGGUUUCUUCUUCUCGUUUUCCGCCCCUAUAUCGAACAUGCAUCUUUUUAUCGUCCUCUUUAUUCUUAAAGUACGUUGCAUCUUCAGUUUUUCUUAAACGUUCAUUGCGUUAUCGCGCGAAAUACACGUUCGUGAUGUGUAAAUGUAACUGUCUGCCGUGUAUUGAGCUCGUGGGUUCGCUAAACCCAAAUGACUGUGCGGAUCAGUCAUCCCUGCGGGAACACGUCUCUCUUGUAAGCUCGUCACGAAUCGCGGCGUCUCGCGAGGAUCCACCAGUCACUUCGCGAAAAGCCAACAUUCGCAAUCGGAUUCUUGAGGAAAUGCCGCGUCACCGGGCGCGGGAUCUUCAUGAAAUGCCGCGUUUUACGAUAAGGCUGCGGCGUGUGCACACAGUUUACCUUCGCGCGUACCUGGAAAGUAUUUUCUUUACCGCUGAUAGCAGUCAUAAAUACAAGAACAAAGAGAAGGAUCCGGGGCCGCCGUCAGCGUCACGUCCAGACCCUUCGGGCAACUCCGCAGCAUCGCGAAAUAAAAGGACGCGGAAACGUGCGGAGGCUUCGAGGCCGAAGCGUUCCAGAGACGGCACGACGUAUUCGAGAACGCCGUUUAACGAGUCGAGACGGGCAAGAAAAGACGAAACGACGGACACGCAGAAACGUAUUAAACGACACGCAAGUGGAUGGAUAUACUGCAGGUCCGUCGACCAGCGAGAGGGAACCAGCACUCAAACAUUCGCGCGAAUUAUCGCCAGCAAAACCAAAGUUAGCAUAUUUAUAUUUCUUACGUAAGAGAUAGCGUUUCGUUAACAGCUUCUACUUGAUUAUCGACGCUUGCAGUGAAGAACGGAGCAUCAUUAUCAGAAGGUUAAAUACUGUUCGCAGAGGAAUUGGCAGAUUUGCUCGCACAAUUAAAUUGGUAACAAGAAAACAGUAAUUUAGUAGCUUCGGAUGGAUUUGCAUUCCAAAUGGUUUAAAAUGUUCUAAAACGUUUUUAUACUUUUACGCUUCUCAAUGUUGUAUAAAAUUAUCGAAAUGAUAUUCGUCUAACGAGUCUGUAACUUUAACUGAAUAUUAGAAUAAUGAAUUAUACAUUUCUGCGGAAUAAUUUUUGGAAAUAACAUGUUUUAACAGAAAUGGAUUGUAAAAACAUAUUUGUCCACCUCGUUGUUUUCCACAUAUUGUAAUGUCAUAUUUUUAUAUACGUGCAUAAAAUAGUUUAAAAGAAAAAUGAUAUAUAU